UCUAAACACUCAAUAAAUAAGUGAGGUCAAGCCAAAAGCAUACUUGAAACUUUGACAUCUAAAUUCAAAUUUUUGACCCUUAUUUCACUGAAAAUUUUUACAAUUGCAUUCGAUUUGCAGUUUGGGGUGAUGGUAAAAUUUUUAAUUGGAAAGGUUUUGGUCAAGAUACCGAUGAUACUAGUUAUAAUGAUUUUAGAAUGUGUAGGUUUUUUCUAGGUACGCAUACUUGUUUUGAUUUUUUCAAGUUUUUUAUGUUUUUAAUUUUUUUUUUAAAGUUUAUAGCAAUUAAUAUUAAUUUUUGUAAGUAAAUAAAUUGAGAUUCCAAUGGGUACAAAUUCAAAACCUAAAAAAACCUUGUUAAGCAGAAAAACUUUAAAAUUAAAAAAAAACUCGAAUAAAUCUGAAUGAAAAAGAACUGGAAGCAGCAAACACCUCCAGAAAUAAAUUAAAUUAAAGCAAAAACUGAACAGAAUUGCUGCUAAAAACUAAAAAUUCAAAGGUAUCAAAAUUGUAACUGAAAGAAACAUAUCUAAUUAGAGAUUAAAAGUUUUGAAUUGAAUAAAUAAAAAAAUUAAAAUCUUAGUUAACAAAUAAAAAACUCAAAAUGUUAAAAAAGUAAAGCUCAAAUGAAAUUUUCACAUUUUGUAUUUUCGGAUUUAUGGUCAAACGAGCGGUCAAAGUUAGAUUUUCUGGUCUCUGUUAGAAAUAUAAUUUGCGGUUCACACACAAUACAAGUUUCUGAUAUUUCAUGAUUUUGAAGUGAAUAGUUUCCUUAGUUUUUCAUUGGUUUCAGUGUUUUCAUUUUAUACAGUUUUUAGUUUUUUUAUUAUAUUUUCUUAUUUUUAUUUUAUUAUUUGAUUCGCAUCGUAGUGAAUCAUUUUAACAAAACACGAGGUUUUUGUAUUUUCGUUUUUAAGCAAAUGCAAGAAAAAUGUGGACGUGCAGUUAAUUAAUAUGAAAAUAAUAAACUCGAAUCAAAAUACUAAAGUCAAACACACCAAUUGAAAACGCGAAAGAUUUGACGUAGAAACCUGAAUUAUGUUAAGAAAAACAGUAUACUUUGUUUUCAUUAACUUUUGGAAAACCGUAAAAAUCCCUGAAUUGCGUUCCAAAUUUAUUGCAAGAAAUUUAAUUACUAACAAAAAUUUAAUUUGUGAUAUAUGUAGAACCUAAAUGUUGAGCUUUUUGAAUUUGUUUCAAAAAUCUAAGACAGCACAACAAUUGCACUGAUCAUUUAGUGCGAGACGGCAAAAGCGUGCAACAGGUCCCAACACUGACACCUUCCGUUCAUUAUACGGCAGGUACCAAAGAGCGGUCUCUUUGUCGGUAAUCAUCCCCACUUUACACCCUGUUUAAAACUCACCCCUCUAUUGUGACCAUGAAUCAACCUAAAGUGGUCAUUCACAAAUUUCAUUCAUUCAUACAUUUGUCACGACAACACCAAAAUGUCCACAAAAAUUUUCCCUCUCGUCGUAACUUUCCUACUUUCAAUCAACGUUUCGUCAUGUUGGUCGACCACCAUCAACAGUCUCUUCAAAUCCAAAACAAUACUCCAAUUCAAUCAGGACCUUAACCCUGUUAUUAUCGAAAGUGUGGCAAACGGUGCCCAAAUGGCAAUGGACGAAUGCAGAAAUGUUUUCAAAUGGGAUCGGUGGAAUUGUCCACAGUCUGCUUUUUCUCGCCAAAAUAAUCAUUUAGCAACCAAGGAAAAGGCAUACACUAACGCGAUCAUAACAGCAGGGAUUAUUUAUUCAAUCACUCGGGAUUGUUCCCAAGGCGUGAUCAAAGGUUGUGGUUGUGACCCCAAACUACGGAAAAACAUCUACCAAGAGGCAAAAACGAAAAAUUUAGAACGGGAUUGGACGUGGGGCGGUUGUUCCGACGAUUCAAGUUUUGGUGAAGAACUCGUCUUGAAGCUACUUGAAGAUAACGAAGAAAGCAGCGAUGCUCAAGCCUUUAUCAAUCGUCACAAUAACAGAAUUGGACGCGAAAUAAUUCGCGAAAAAAUGUUGAAAACUUGCAAAUGUCACGGCGUUUCCGGGAGUUGUUCCUUCCAAACCUGCUGGAUGCAGAUGCCCACAUUUCCGGAAAUCGCCAAACAACUCCGGGAACGCUACGAUAGAGCAAUUAUGAUCAGUUUUGAGAGAGUUCAAGGGGCUCUGACUUUGGGCAACUCCGCCAGACAUAUGCCGCUGGAAUCGGCUGGAGAUGUUUUACCCAAUCUGCUUUAUUUGGAAAAAUCGCCAGAUUUUUGUCUGAGUAAUAAUUCGACUGGUUGGCCUGGAACCAGAGGCAGGACCUGCUCCAGGACCACGUCCGCAUCGAUGGCGGAACGGAAAAGUUGUCGAAAUUUAUGCCGGUCUUGUGGAUUCCGAGUGAGGAAGCAGGAGAAGAAAGUUACGAAAAGGUGUAAUUGUAAAUUUAUAUGGUGUUGUGAAGUCGAAUGCGAUGUUUGUGUGGAAUAUGUUAAUGAAUUUACUUGUCAUUAGUUAGGGUUUUUAGUUGUAAGUCAUUAUGUGAUGUAAUUUAAAAAAUAAAUAUUUUUGUUUAAACACCUUUUAUUUUAAAAAAGAACCUAAAAGUGCUUUUCCACAAAUAAAAACUUGGAGAACGAAACUUAAAAUUCUUAUAACAUUUUUGUAAUUUGCCGCCAUUUU